CGGCCGGGACGCGGGGCGCGGAGUGCGCGGCCGGGAUGAGGUGCGGGAAGAUGGCGGCGGCGCCGCCACCAGCGGCAGCAGCGGGGACAGCAGCGGCGGCGGCCGGGUCGGCGGGCGGCUGGGGCGGCGUGCGGCGGCGCUGCCAGCGGCUGCUCUACUGGGUGCCCGUGCUCUUCAUCUCCAGCAUCCUGUGCUGGUCCUACUACGCCUAUGUCACCCAGCUCUGCCUGCUAACAAUGACAAGCAUUGGAGAAAAAGUUGUGUGCCUGGUUGCUUACCACAUAUUUUUCAUGCUGUUCGUCUGGUCAUAUUGGAAAACAAUCUUUACGCUACCAAUGAAUCCUUCAAAAGAAUUUCAUCUAUCAUACUCAGACAAGGAAUCUCUAGAGAGGGAGCCUAGAGGUGAAUCCCAGCAAGAAGUCUUACGACGGGCAGCCAAGGAUCUUCCUAUCUAUACGAGGACAAUGUCUGGAGCAAUCAGAUACUGUGACAGAUGCCAUCUUGUAAAACCAGAUCGUUGCCAUCACUGUUCUGUGUGUGACAAAUGCAUUCUGAAAAUGGAUCAUCAUUGCCCUUGGGUGAACAACUGUGUAGGAUUCUCCAACUACAAAUUUUUUCUUCUCUUCUUGGCUUACUCUCUACUGUAUUGCCUUUUCAUUGCUGCAACAGAUUUACAGUAUUUUAUCAAGUUUUGGACAAAUGGCCUUCCUGAUACUCAAGCCAAGUUCCACAUCAUGUUUUUAUUUUUUGCUGCCGCUAUGUUUUCUGUCAGUCUGUCUUCUCUCUUUGGGUACCACUGUUGGCUCGUCAGUAAGAACAAGUCAACAUUAGAGGUAUUUAGAGCGCCCAUAUUUCGUCACAGAACGGACAAGAAUGGUUUUAGCUUGGGCUUCAGCAAGAACCUAAGGCAGGUGUUUGGUGAUGAGAAGAAAUACUGGCUGCUGCCUGUGUUUUCAAGCCUAGGGGAUGGUUGCUCCUUCCCAACUUGCCUUGUUAAUCAGGAUCCUGAGCAAGCCUCCACACCUGGUGGUCUUAAAUCAACCUCCAAAAACGAGAGUCACCUGUUCCCUGCCAAGCCGCUGCGCGAUUCCCAGAGCCACCUCCUCACCGACACGCAGUCUUGGUCAGACAUCAGUGCAAAGGCUGAAAAGGGCAAAAUUGGUAUGAGCAAUCCUGCAUUAACCAUGGAAAAUGAAACCUAACUUCCCUUAAAAGAAGCUUCUGAAUACUUUAGGAAAGUUCAAGAAAAAGCUGUUGGUGGAAGGAAGAUGGAUUCUUCCAAAAAUCAGCCCUAUCAGCCAGCUGCUCCCGUCUGCUCCUGUGUGGAUGUGCUCAGAAAACAAACUGACAGAUGAUAGUUGUCUCCAUGUCACUGCUUGAAACAUGAAACAAAACAUACAACUUUUGAACCACGUAAAGAAUGUUUCAACUUAGGAUUACUGGUUUUGAAUGGUGAAGGGUGAUUCUGAGUAUUAUGGAAAAAAAAAGUCUGAGUUUACUAUUGUAAAAAUUCUGUGGCUGGUUUUACUUUGAUAUUCAGCACAAAAAAAAAAGUGACCUCCUUAUGUAUCAGCCCAGGUUCUCGCCUUGGUUUUGAAAGUUCACCUGUUAAUUCAAAUUGCUGUAAGUAUUUGACUUACUUCAAAAAUCAAAUGUUUGCACUGCUGGCUAUAUGAAGUGGGAAAACAAUCAGUGUUGAUUAUGGACAAUUUAGUGGCUUGGUGGACUGUGUUUUCUUUUGAGCGCUUGAUAAGCAAAUUUUUUUUGAAGAUAAGGCAACCUUAGUGAAGUGUCAGACUAUUUUUGGAUCGCUUUUGGAAAACAUUAUUGUGAAGGCUCCCUUUUCAAUAGUUGUGGAGGGUGGGGGGGAAACCUCCUUUGUUAAUUAAAUACUACAGUGAGUCCCUGGUAACUGAGUGAUUAAAAAGUCCACAUUCAGAUGAAUAAUAUGUAAGUAAAGCUGGUAGCUGGGGAUUUUGAUGAAAGCUGCACAGGACGAUCCUAUGAAAUUGGGGAUUUUAUUCUCCCAUUUGGAGCCUUUAUCCCCUAAGGGAAAGGAAGGCGGGCACUUCACUUUGGUGAAGCGAAAAAAGGUGCUUUUUUUUUUUUUUUAAAUCAACCUAUGUUCUUGAUGGCCACUGUCUUUUAAAAUCCUAGUUUUUUAUUAAUCAAUAGUUGUCUCAACUUUUUUCACUUCUUUAAGACACUGAAUUUCUCACUGCAUAAAUUAAUGAAUAUCACAUCCAAACAAGGAGACAUUGUUAUAACUUAUGAUAUUUGCAGUUACAGGACAAAGGACAUUUGAUUGCAAUACCAAAAAGCCAAACUGCUGCAUGUAGGAAGCUCCCUUCCGUUAAGUUAGGAGACAGCAGGUUUUUUAAGAUUGAAGUUUACCAGCCUGAUGAUAAAAGAUGUGUUAUAAACUGCACAGUCAAGGAAGUUUCAGCAACACAAAUCUAAUUGUCUUGUGCCUUUUGUAUGCACUAAACUUACAGUAUGUGUUUACAUUUAAAUGCAAAGUAAUUUAUUUCUGAAAAUAACAAGAAGGAUCUUAGUUAUGCUUUCUAGGUGGCUAGGUAAAACAACUAGUCAAAAGAAACCCCAACAACCUGGAAACCUGUCAGAAGUUCUCAAAACUGAACUACUUAGCUGGUGUGUUCACAGUGGAAGGAUUCCAGUUUUUAAAGAAUAACAAACCCAGCUAGAAAGCUGACAGCAGGACUAAGUGACCGAUUUCUAAAAGCAAAAAUUUUAUCAUUAACUCUUCUACAGGCAGGUAACGUAAAAUUUUGAGGUUUUGUUUCCUGGAUUUACAAGUUAAGUGGUAACUAUGGGAGCACAAAUGUGGCUUUUUUCUUUUUUUCCAAUGAGGAAGAAUGUAUCGGGUUUAAUUUGUUUAAAAUCUCAAAAUUUUACCAGCCUAAGAACAUCCGAAUUUUGCCAGAAGUGCCAGAGUAUGGAUCCCUUGAUGUAGAAGGCUUUUUUUAAACGAGCAUGAAGGUAGCACACAGUUUACACGAUGCCUGCAGACAUCCUAGCAACCAAAAGUUUUCCACAGCUAUUUAUUCAGUGUUGUCCUGUCAGCUUACUUUGCCUUAGUGUCUGUUUAAAGGCUAACUUGUCAAGGGAUAAGGGGGAGAGGGGAAAAAAAUAUAUAUUUUUAACACUUCAAGUUCUCUAGCUGUAUAGUCUUGUUUUUUUACACGGUCAGGGUGGUUUGUCACAGAGCAUGCAUUGGAAAACAGUGACUAAAAAGUUGAAAUUCAGCUUUAAUGUAACUUGCUCCAUACUUUUAGGUAAAGACUAAGUACCAUUUUCUUCCCCAGCAAAAUCCAUAAUGGAAAUUGCUCUAAUGCAGGCGGCAGACCUGCCCUUAGGCAGGAAGGAGGCCAGCCUCCCUGGCUGUGCCUGGGGCUCUGCCAGGUCUCAGUAAGGCUGGGAAUUGAUAUGGAAAAAGGGCAGGGAUAGGGGAUCAGGAAAAGCCCUGUGUGUCUCAGCAGUCACAUUUAGAAAGCACAAUAGCCCUAAAUCUGCAGUUUUGAUGUAGCUAAAGGCUGUCCCUCUAGUAGAAAACUGACGGAGGCCACAGAGCCAAGAAACAUAAAUUCACGAGGGGAGGGGAAGGGGGAAAAAGAAAAUGAGGGUAAUUCAGGUGUAUCUGUUCAGCAGACCAGAGGCAGCAGGCCAUAGCUAUACCUGAUCUCAGGUUGGGUAUGAGCUGUGCCUCCAGGGAGAGCGAUGGCAGGAAGCUUUGAGGGGUCCUGGCUGUUCUCUCCAGGGGUGACAGUAAGCUAAUCGUGCUCCAAGCUGUAGUUUCUGAUGCAACUAUAUUUUCGGCUUGAAGUGCCCUAAUACCUUACAUAAUUAAGUGAAAAUGGCAUUUCUGACAUAUUGUCAUCGAGCACUGGAGCUGUUACAAUGCAUGCGGGAGAACUUGUGAACAGGUAACAGGAGCAAGAAUGCAAUGUUGUUUGUCUGCUUACACUGAUUCUCCUGUUCUUUGUAAUAUUCUUGCUAGGCACUUUACUACAGUCUUUUGGGUAAUUUCUGUAUUUUUUUUAAAGACUGCUUUAUACCUACUGUACAGUUACUAAUCUACUUUUUUGCUAAGAAAAGCCCUGGUAUUUGUCUAGAAAUAGCCCUGCAUUUCAGGCUUCAUUGGAAGUUGGAUGAGUUUGACAGACGACUCAGCCAGGCCUGACUCCCUCAAGACAGCAGAGUUUAGUUUAUUUUGUAUACAUGAAAGCUGUCAUGUGAAUCACUAGCCACCCACCUGUUUAAUAAGCUUCCUUAAUUUGUAGGUUAGAACAAAUCCACUACAUCUCUGCACCAGAAGUGGUCCACACACAUUCUGUAUCAGUUGAUGCAAUGCUCAGAGUCCUCACAGAGAUCUAUUUUUAAUAAGAAAAUUGAGCACCUAGAUGUUGGUGAGCUCCUCCCAUAGUGCAAUUAGACACAACUGCUAAUAUGCACCAAAUUGCAGACUGAGAGCUUGUCAAUAGCCCACGGGCAGGGAACUAAAGAAACCUUGGUAAUUUUUUUUUUUUUUUAACUGUGUGUACUUAAAAUCAUGGUCUUCAAGCAAGACUUCAGCAUGGUUGGAUGCAGCAAGUUUGUUUUAGUGCAUGGUAUUCUAGAGCUGUUAGUCCCAUACAUGGACUGAAAGAAUUCUUGCCCUGAUUUAGCUGACUGCUGUAUUGGAUGGGGAGGGUGGGGGAAUAAGUUUCCACGUCUUUUGUGUAGAAUUUUGCCACUUACUAAAGUAUUGCUCACAUAAAUAAACGCUUCAUGUUCAGCAAGUCACAGCUGGAGUAGUCAUUGGUACACCACCCGCAGUUUCACGGACAGCACACCUGCACAGCAGAAUAGCCUUCAUCUCUACUACAGCUCCAGCAACAAUGUAAGUACUGUAAGUGCUCCUCCUCACCUCUUCACCAAGAAUCACUCUCCUUACUUUAUAGAACUGACGAUCAUAAGGAGAAGUAUGUUACUCACCUGAGCCAUCACCAACGGCAGGACUGUGUCUUUCUACAGCUUUCCUUCACGUCGGGCUCUCUCCAGUCCUUCCACGUUCUUCUAGCCACCUGCGUUUCCCCUCUUUGCAUUCUGCUAACAGUCUGCUCUGGCGCAGAGAGGAAUCUGUCCGCACAGGGGCAGAACAAGCUGCAGGAACAUUCAUGGAAAGUAGAGGCUGCAACUAGCCCCUUCCAGUUCAGCCAUGCCCUGCAGCACGCAUGUGGAGCUUUACCCCUCUUUCUAUAGACACGGGGGGGGGUUUGGCUUAAAACCCUUUCAUAAAUAGUGGUAUUGAACCCUAUACAAAAGUUCUCAUCCAAAACAAGAUUAAAAGAACAUACUUUAAUCUGUAGUGUCAUAUGGGUGAUGAGGUGUUUUUGUUGCUACUUGUAGCUAACAUUUUUUCAGUGAUGGUCAGGUAAGAGGACAGGAAAAGCAGCAGCCUUCUGAGGUGAAAUUUUGAGAAAGCAGCACCUGACCUAACCCAAGGCAAGCCUUCAUGUUUGCCCAUUGUAGCUUUUGAACUUUUUCCCUUUGCUCUUCCCCAUCCUCCUUUCCAUACUAAGGCAAUGAAAACAGUCCAAAUAGAAAAGUCUUCCCUUUGAGAGGCACUACCGUGAUCUGGAUACCUUUCAUCUCUCUCCUUCCCCAGUUCCAUUCCAGAUAGACAAACCCUUCCUUUCUUACAGUUUUCCUCAUGGCACUCGUCACUGACAUCCAGUAACUCAGUCAUCCUGAGGCCUGCCUGUGUAGCUCCCAGUAUCUGGGGCAACGAUUACAGGCUUCAGCCUAGAUCACUGCAGUGCAAUCUUCUCAAGCAGAUGGGCUCAACAGUUUGCAGCAGGUGGGAGAGCACCCUGUGAAGCCAUGUCCCCUUUCCCACCCUCCUCCAUGUUCACACAAUUCACACCAUAACUGAUCCGCGUAUCUGGAACUGACCCAACACUUCCCAACAGUCACUGUUUUGGGAAACCUUUCUUUUUUUUUUCCCUUCUGAACAGAAAAAAAAUUCUCAGAUCAUUUAAGGAGUACCAGAUAAAAAGACAAAACCUACUGACCAUACAAACUGCAUGUUACAGCUGAACAGCUGUCCACUUAUUUCCCGAUAUUAGCGAUUAAAUUGGCCACUAGUUCAAGCAGACAAGCACAAAACAGGAAUUCAGCAGCUCAAUGAUGGAAUAAGCACUUGAGCAACUAACCUUCAUAUAAAACACUACCACAGACACCACUGCUACGCUCCAGAGCAUGCAGAGGAACAAGAAUGAAGGAAAACAAGGAGCUUGCAGAACGCGUCUAUAGUAUGAUGAAAGCUAAAUAAAAGAUACAGUCAAUGUAAUGCAUUUAAAAACCAAACAAAAAACACUUUUUCAGAUAAGGUGAUGAAUGCAACCAUGGCUCUGAACUGCUGCCCAGUCACAGAUGAAGCACGUUCUGUGGGAUGCAGUUUCAUCCUCACAGUCAGCUGCUGCUUUCUGUGACUCACAUGGAAGGGGAGGCUUCCUCUCCCUCCACCUCCUGCCCUCACACUAUCCAACCCGGUUAGCUGAGGCAAGUAUCUCAUGGGAACAAGAAAAAGCACGCUCAGGGAAGAGAAUUCUCUCACUUCAGCAGACAAAAAUCUCAUCUGUGCUGGCAGAAAAAGGAUGAGAGAAGGCUCUGCAGAAAUGAGAUCUUCACAUUUGGCAUCAACAAGCACAUCUCAUUCGCAACCUGAGACAGCAGCCUCAGAUAUUCCUACAAAUAAUGCAGAACAAUCUUCCUCAUUUCUCUACAAUCCCUAGUCAGGCAAGAGGGAAGAAAACAGCAAAACAAUCUCUUAUAAACCAACCAAGAUACACUCAGGUUCAGGAAUACCAGAAAAAGAAUUUCAUGUUGUGAUUGGGAAAGUAUCCUGAGACAAUCUGUGCUUUACUCUAUGUAAAAUUAGGUUUUACUAUUUCUGAGAUUUUGUUCAAAUUCUACAGAUUUGUAGUAUUCAAACAUAUCCCACAAGUUGUAUUGGAGGCUUUUGGAUUCCUUUGCCGUCACUGACUUGGUGCAGUUAGAUUAUUAAAAAAACACCUUGAGGUCUAUUGAUUUUAAAGUUAAUUUCUUAAUUAUUUUACAGGCUAAUGCACUGAACCCACACUAUCCUGAAUCCAUCAGCAUCAUGUGAAUAUUAUACAGUUGGUGUUCACCAAGAAAUUCUAAAAACUGAUUCUCUAUGGAAGAUAAUUCUUCAUUUCAGUGGGUUCAACUAGUUUAGGUGAGCUAUUAAUUAAUUCAACGUUAAGAAACCAAUCAGGAGUUUAAAGACAGAAGACCUGGAUAUGCACGUUCUCAAGUAAAAAGAGCACUUGGCAAAAUGGAAAAAGAAUGAUCAAAAAGCAUGUCAACAACACAAAAACAGAUACCAUUGGGAAGCUUAAGUGAAAAUACAGGGGGCUUGAGAGUCGUCCCCCCUCUCUGAAUGGUAUAUUAACUAAUAUUUAGCAUAUUUAAAAUAAAUAAACGUAGCAGGAAGAGCAAGUGUGGCUCAGCUCAGCACAGAGUAAAAUCCCUGAACAUCCAGCUUCAUGACGGUAAAGCAUAUGGAAACCAGUAAUGAGGACCAUGUUUGCACUGUAAUCCAACUGUACAUUACAGUUGCUACACUGUUCUUCUGUUGAGAUUUCAGUACAUUUCUGUACCACUUUUCUAAAUCAAAAUCCCAAGUGACAUCAGAUAUCUCCAAACAAGUAAGCUCAGAAUCAAAACAUGAAGCCCUCCUCAGUGGAAUACCUAAAAGAGCCCUGCCAGAGAGUACUGGACUGACAUACUCAUUUUGCCAGCUGAUUCAACUAGCCCUUCACCAGUUCUUCUAAGUGACUACAAAAGAAGGAUUAUACAAAAGAAUUUUACAGAGCUGAACAAGCACUACCACUCAACAUUCAGCCAGCACGAUAAAACACAAGAUUUCUUAAGCGCUAAUGCUUAUAAAGCUAGGAAAUUCUACUUGGAACCAUUAAAUAAAAUAUAAUAUGCUACCUGGCUGUCUCCAACAGGAACCUCUCAAAAGCUAGGUUUGAUUCUGUCACUUUCAUUCUGAAGUACACUCACCAGAUUCAACUCCAGAUAGACGGUGGCCUUCUUAACCCAACCCCUGCACACUUGGACAGUGUCUUUGCAUCACUCCUGGCUCAUCUGUCCCUGCUUCCACCUUUUGUACACUUCCUUUCCAUGUUUGAGUUCAACCAGAAGUUCCUCAUUCAUCAAUGCAGACUUUGUACAGCUUUUGCUCCACUUCCUGCAUGAGGGAAUGAAUCAUUCUUGAGCUUGGAGAAAGCAGGCAGAUAAGAUUAGGGAAAG